UCACUGUGCUGACGAAAUUCGUGUGUAAAUGAACAGUUUUAUCCGUAUUGCUGUCCUUCCGUUGUUGGAUUUAAAAAUUUUAAUAAAUACUCUAUCGGAUGUGUCUGGUUUUACGGUUAUUCUCCAAGAAAAUCUACCAAACUAGACGAAAUUCGGCGAGCGCUUACUCGACUUGGGCCAUUCUGGGGCCGCUUGAACUUUUCGUGAACUGUGGAUUAUCCUGUCUGAUUUCGGAGGUCCUGUGUGUAUGAGAUUCAGUGGUGGAAUUUAUUAGGUGUGCUUACGGUUUAGAUUAGGCAAAAGCGAAUAUUGAGAUCGAUUUGGAAUUCGGGCCACCCUUUUUCGCAGGAAUCAGUCGUGAACAGUAACUAAUUUGGGAGUAAGUAAAGUCCUGACAACCAGUGCAAUUCCAGCCCCUAUUUAAUUACAAAUCAAGUGGUACCCUGGACUGAAGCGAAUGUGGUUUAAUUGUUUUGUGAAUUCAGUUCCGCGACCGGAAUACGAGUUUGGUAUCAACUGAGCGCGGAGAGUCUCUCCCAUGGUGCUUAAAGCAACAGUGAAAUAUCAUUUUUUGAAUAUCCUCGUAAGCGGGUAGUUUUUCUCGCCAACCGGCAGUUAUUAACCAUAUCAAACUCCCUUUGAUUCUCCGCUGGAAUUUGCUUCGUAGGUGCCUAUCCCCGGUUGCAAGGAUUCUGUGAACUAUUUCGGGGAAAAACUGAUGUAGCUGAGAUUUUCCUGAAGACGACAUUUCCCAUAAUUCGAGGUUUCAUUCUGUGAAGAAAUUUUCCAAAAUCAAUUCGAGAAGUGGGUGUGUUUGACGCAUAGCACCAGUCGAGCAGAGACACGGACGGAGCCGGAGCUGUAGCACAACCUAAAUAUUCCAGUGAGUUGGGACGUCAGGGGGAGUCAAAAUUGGAACGUACAAUUUCGGAUGUGCCAAGAGGCAAGAGCGCGCCUGUGGAGAGCAAAAACAUCUGAGAGCGGCUUCAAUGUAUUCGACUUCAUAUAAUACACAUCUGUAAAAAGGAUCAGGUUUUUUUCUUUAAAGGAGUCGAUGAGUCCUACUUUAAGUUGUUCUUCGCUAAUUUUCCAUUGAAAUUUGCAUCGCCUGGCUAUCGGUGUCACUGAGGAUAGUCCAAAAGUUUCGCGAGUGAAUUCUAACAUCAUCAGUUCGUCGUGUAAACAAAAGUCAAGUGACUCCGUUCGACGGUUGAGGAGGAUUCUUCAAGGGAAUCCAAGGAAGCAUUUCGACAUAGGCGUAGACCCUGCAAAUUGGAUAGGACUAUUUGCGUCGCUCCGUUUGCUCUUCUCUUGACUUUCGGAACCCGCUCCAUCGUUACUUCUUCCGAAAAUUGAAACCGCACAGACGACAACAACCAUUACAGAAAAAUGGGUGCUAAAGGUAGUGUGGAGGCCGCUAAAAUGAAUGCAGAUGGUUGGGGACAUCUGGAGAGAGGCAGCAGACAUUACAGUCACAGACAUAAUCAAAGGUCGCAGUCCUUAAACCGCGGUCAAGCGCUCUCACGAGCAGACGUUAGCGGCAUGUGGUGACACCAAGGAGCCUCAGGGGGUCAGGCUGGUUGUGCUAGCUGCGCUAUGGGUAAUAAAUUGAGCUGUUCCUGUGCGCCGCUCAUGCGCAAAGCUUACCGAUACGAGGAUUCGCCAUGGCAAACUUCUCGUCGACGAGACGGCCAUCUCCUGAG